AUGGGUUUCCAGGUCUUCAACCCCGUUUCUUUAGAAAGAUCUCGUGAUAAUGACAACCUAAAAAUGUUAGCACAGAGGCCUUAUAUGGUGUCGUGGAAAGCAGAUGGAAUGAGGUAUAUGAUCUAUAUUUGUGAUGAAAAUGAGGUUUAUGCAUUCGAUAGGGACAAUGAGGUAUUUCUGAUACAGGGGCUGUCGUUUCCCCAUCGAAAACACCCUAGGCAUAUAGUGAACACUCUGGUGGAUGCAGAAAUGAUUAUUGAUCAUGUCAAAGACGAGCACGGAAAUACAGUUGAUUUGCCAAGAUUAUUGAUAUAUGAUAUAAUUCAUUUCGAGGAUAUGCAUGUCGGAAAAGAAAACUUUGAUAUCCGGUUCAUGUGCAUUCGACGAGAGCUGAUUGAGCCAAGGAAUGCUGCGAUAAAGGCAGGUCGUAUCCGUAAGGAACGUGAACCGAUGUCUGUACGCGUGAAAGAUUUCUUGGGAGAUGGAAGCCUUGCCAAAGCUUUUCGAGCCAAAGUUUACGAAGAAUGUUGGACAUGA